GCGAUGUAAAGAACGGUUGCGUCCUUCGAGCAAGUGGAAAGCUGGCUUUUCUGUUUCGACGCGAUAGUACCCUGCUGAAUUACGGAUUAUUACAAAUUACACCCGCUUUUAGCGCCCUCGAGCCCCACAUUCCACCCGUGCAGACACACCGUCAUCUGUGAGUGGGACAGCAGAGUACAGUGAGUGUAAUAUGUCCUCGACGAAUGCACCGACCGUGAUCACCGAAACUUUAAGACCCACAACGAUCGUGCAGUUCGUUCCAUUAGCUUGUGAGUGAGUGAAGAGAACGAGAGAGAGAGAGAGAGAGAGAGAGAGAGAGAGAAAGAGAGCGAGAUAGAGAAAAAGAAGAGAGUGGGUUUCCGCGGUGCUGACCGCGGUGUUCCGGAUCAAAUCGACGUCCCCUCCCCCCUAUGGAGCGGAAAGAGGAGAAAGAAAAGGAAAAGGUGAAAGCACAUCGCAAACGUUCCGGCGAGCAUCCGCCACACUCGACGAGGCGGGAAACGCUACCAACGCCACCACCGGAUCCAACUCCGUCCCAGCCGACGCUCGAAACGUCACCGGGAGAUGGCAGCUACACGGAAACGGACCCAUUUAAGCGUCUGUUCACGUACCGGGAGCGUGAGGCACAGUUCCUGCGGUUGCUCUGUGACAGUGAGUCAGCACCGGGUGUCCGGAACGCGGGUCCUAGUGGUGCCGUCGGUGACACAGCGAAGGAUGCAACCGGCUCUGACGGAUCGCCAGGAUUCGAGUCGGCGAACGAGUUCCUGAUGCUGUUGAAUCGUGCCGGUCCGUCGGUGGCCGCCGCUUUGUCGACGAAGGAUGCCAUCGAUCAGUUGGAUCGGCUGCACGGGCUGGUCGGGCAGUUUCUUACACUGCAGGAGCAGAAUAUGCGCAUGCACUGGCAGCUGAAGAAUGUGGAGACGCUGCGAAAGCUGAAGCUGAUGCAAAUGGCGAUUGCGAAGGAUCCGGAGUCGUUCAUUGCGGGUAGUACCGGUGGGAUGCCUGAGGACACCUCCGACAAUGACCUGCUGGAUAACGAGAUCGAACAGAACCUGGCACUGCUCGAGACGAUCCUGGCAGCCGGGAACAGUGCCAGCAGUAAGCGCAGCAGCUCGAAAAGGGAACGCAGCAAAUCGGUGAUCAACGACGAGAUCGGGAACUUCCAGCUACAUCGGAAGGAAAGCGGUGGUCGCAGCUACACACUGCGUCGUCAAAGCGCGAUCUCCGACUUUAAGCCCAAGGUGUCUAAAUGGACAAAGGUCAAAGCGGCCUUUAAAUGGGAGAAAACCAGUGCACUGCCAGCGAAUGAGAUCAAGAGUUCGGAGGCGAUGAUGAUACCGGUGAACAAUGAGGUGGCCAGGUAUCUUCGAGUACCAUCGAUACCGUGCGUUGGCAGCUCUGGUGAUUCGGUAUUCAGCUCAUCGUCUGGUAUCGUCGUCAGCGGUGGAUCAGCACCGGGUACUCCGGGCGAGAACAGCCUGGCCAGUUCGGCGGAGAACCUCACCGAUAUGAACGAGGACACGGCUGGCCCGUCGGGGUCUGGCCGAGAACGAAAUGCUAAGCGGGACUCGGUGAAGAGUACGGAGGAGGACGCCCGACGGUCCAGGUCGCUCGAUGGUGAGGCUAUUCUUGAGCCGCUACGGCAACUGGAUAAGAACAAAAACAAAUCCGCCUGGAGCAAAGUGAAAGGCAUCGUGAAGAACUCCCGUGGGUCGCUAAAAUCGAACGAAUCGCGCCGAAACGUGAAACCCUCCAACAGUGUCGGGUGUAGCCGAGAGGCGAGUCCUUGCGAGUCGAUGGACGCUUGCGAGCUUCAGCGGGAUCGAUCGGAUUCGUUCUCCUCGAGUCAAGCUUCACCCGGCCACCGGUCAUCAGCGAUGACGCCUACCUUUUUGUUACUUCCGGCUGGCGGAUUGGCUACCGGAACCGGUGAUAAUAGCGCACCGAGUGGACCGAACUCGCCGUGUGGAUCCAUUCCGGGCACGCAGGGCACCUUCUCGAGUGGGGAUGACACCGAGUCCUGGAAACCGAGUGGCACGAGUCCUGCAGGACCGAGCAGGGGUUCUCGCAAAGGCAAACACAUACCUGAUAUCGCAUCCGUACCUGAAGGCGUCCCGGUGGAGGCGACCAACAGCGGCACCAGCAGCAGUAUUAGUAAGCUAAGAAAAUCACCCCCCAAACCGUUGAGUCUGGGACGGCAGGAGGACACGCCGGGUGAACCUCCGGAUGGGGCAGCCCUUUCGUUGUCCUCCUCCCCUGGACCGAGACACUCACCCAAGCGCAAAAGUUACGCGGGUUUGGCGAGCCUCGAUCCGGAUGGAUCACUUCCGGCGAGUCCUUCCGGGAAGCAGUUUCACUUUUUCGCCCCCACCGAUCGGGUGGUGGAACUGGCCGAACCGGAUUACUCGAGCGGGGACGUGUCGGAUCCGAACACACCGAAACGGCGACCUUCGCCCAAACACCGGACGUUGCAGCGCCAGCGCGAGGAAAUCGAACGGCGGUACCAGGAACUGCAGCAGAAGUUGCAGCGUGAGUUCGACGCGAAGCAGCACGAGUGGGAGCGGAUGAGACCGGCGGCGCUUUUGCUGAACAGCAGCCCCCCCUUGCUUCUAGUGAGCCAGCUGCUGCUGAAGGAGGACGGUUCCGGUGGGCAUGGGUCGAGUUUGAAACCCCAACCGGCCCCGAUCGUGGAGGACAAUUUGACGCCAGAUUUCAAGAAGAAGUUGAACGAAUGGCGCACAAAGCACCAACCAGGCACCUCGAAGGAGCUGGUCGACACGAAGAAGAAACCGACCACCGAUUGGCAGCUGUGGAAGACGGGACAGAUCAAGCUGGAAGGACAGGGCUUGAAGCAGUUGCCGGAUGCGAAGGACCUACCGGAGGAGUUCCAGAAAAAGCUCUCUGAAUGGAAACAGAUGAAGGCGGCCAACAAGGUGCCACCGUACACGACACAAUCCUCCCAGGGUGGUUCCAGUGAGGGAGGCUGUCCAAUGAAACGCCAACAAUCGAAAGCAUCCGGUGGUGCGGUGAAGAAGUCCAAAACGUCCGACGAGCUGGAGAAAGAUCGCCAACAGCAACCGAAGGCCGAAGCUGGCCUAUCGAAGCUGAAGGCACUUGUGAGCACCUCAGAAGCGCCCAAAAAGGAGCUGGUCGUGCAGACAACCAAAGGCUUCAUCAAGUUCGAGGGUAUUUCGCGCAAGUUCACCCGCAAGCUGUUCGAGUGGGAAAAGGCGAAAGGUAUCGGUCCGGAGGCGUCCACAAUUGCGCUGCUUCAUCCGGGUUACGCUCCGGUGGUGGUUGAGACGACGCACGGUGUUGUGCUGGAGAACAAGCGUGAAAAGUCUCCAGCAUUGGCGCGUUCGCUCUCGAUGGAUAGUAUCGCGCCGAUUCCUUCCGCUUCGUCGAUAUCUCAUCAACCAUCGAGUCUGUCGCUAAAUGAUGCCGAUGAGCUGAAGGACGUCGACAAGGAUAGCGGCUCGAACCGGCGCGUGUCGUCAAACCCCGAGCUGGAGCUGGUGGCUGACCGGGAGGAACCGGGAGCGGUCCUAGUAGAGGUCGAGGAUGAGGUGUUGGAGGUUGCAGACCCAUUGCUACUGCCAGAGGAAGAACGCACACGGUCGGUCUCACUGGGUGCGAACCAGAAAGCCAAAGAGCCUGGAUAUUCGUCGAGACCGUCCAGCAACAGCAGCACCAUCCUCAAGGACUCCACGAAGCUGCUGAUACGAUUGAGCGAGCAGGACUCGGUAGAUCGGGACGAAGUGCGCCGGUUGAAGAUCGUCCUGCGGGCACUCAUCGCCACACUGCCCGAGUUCGUGGAGACCGGUUCGCGGAAUAGUAUUGCAUUUUUCGCCUACAUGAAGGACCUCGCGUUGGAUGUGUUGCGGUACCUGCACCGGUUCGAGGAUGGUUCGCUUAAGGACGCCGGCGAAGUGCUGAGCAACGUGCAAACCAUCAACGGUUCGGUGGCCGAACUGAAGAAGUCACUCCACUCGUACAUGAAGUACGCCACCAGCAACGCAAACGGACGCAACAAGGACGAAGAGAUACCACAGAUCAGUAUUACACCAGCCGUGGGUGCGCAGGCAACAACCUCGAUACAGCGGACAGAUGAUUCCUUCCGCAGUAUGGCCACGAUCAACGUUACACCGACGUUCGUGUGUAACGCGGUUCGCGUCAACACCGUGGAGUUGGUGCAACCCAGACCGGUACAUCGGUUACCGCUUAGCUCGGAACCGGAACCCGUUCCGGUGGAAGCAUCUGUGCGUGUUCCAUCCACUGGCGCGGACCUAAGCAAGGACUCACCGGAAAAGGAUGCGCGCGAAAAGCUACAGCGCAAUCUGAGCAAUGGCAGCCGACGGAAGGCACGCAUCAAGCGGAUGGGAUCGAGACAAAGCAGCAAGACGGAGAGUGAUAGCGAUGACAACCCGCAGAACUACGCGCUGGAUGUGCCGCGAAAGGCGAAGCGUAAAACGAGCCGUGCGAAAAAGCCAUCCACAGGUUCCAUGGAGAAGCUGGUAGGAAUCGUACCUGGUGAGAAGGUCGCCGAGGAUGUUGUGUACGUGUUGAAGAUCAAACCGGGUCAGAAGAUCGAGCAGUUGGAACGCCCACAGAACGCAUCGCUCGGUGUAACGCAGGCUGGCGAGUCGGAGGAUGUGCUGAUAUCACCUCAGGAAACCUGCGUGGAGUUGUUGGAAGCCACACACCCGAUCGGGGUCUGUCAAAGUGUUGGUAGCUGCUCGGCUAACGUGUUGAUAAAAACGAAGCGUAAAAUCUUUACCACGGUUGAAAGUGACGGGUUGGUUGUGGGUGGUUCCGGAAGCCAACCGGUGGCCAUCAGCCAGGAGCUCGAAUCGGGAUCAGGUGCAUCGGAUCGGAAUGACGCAUUGGACGCGACCGUGAGUGUUGUGGUGGCUCCAAGUCAGGAACCAAAAGUCGUCACGAAUCUGCCACCAUUGCCACAGUCACCGAGCAUGCAGCGCCGGAUGGAUCCUUCGAGGGCGCCCAUUAAGGAGCUUUCGCCCAACAUCCGGUUGAUGAUAGCGAAGUACAAUCAGCGGCUUACCACGGAAAAGAGUGGUGCUUCACCGCACAGCUCGGGAUCGUGUUCACCCGUCGCCUGGCGAUCACCUGUGCUCGAUCGGCGCGUGAGGAAGCAGACGGAAAAGUACCAGGAGACGAUACAGCUCUCGAAAUCGGCCAGUGCCGGGAGUUUGCGCAAAUCCUUAAAGCAGUUGGAAGAGGACAAAGAACGGGAGGUUGUGCGGGGUCGGGGAGCGAACAAUGGUGCCGGAGCAGAGGAUGGUGAAACUCGUGAUCGAACGCGAGUGAUCAAGUCGUUCAGUACGAGCAAGAUAGAGGGCGCUAGUAAGGAGGCGUUGGAUCGAUCCGGACUCGAGAACUCACGCAAGGAUCCAUCGCCUGAGCUCGGUACGUUCCUGGCGUGUGAUAGUCUUCGCCGGCGUGACACGCUAUCACGGUUGGAGAGUCGAAGAGCUGCUAUAGAACAAGAGCAGCAGGUCGUGAUGGAGCAGAAGUUAUCCAACGCGUCCUCAGCUACCGGUCAAGCGACGUCCAACGCGACAGGUACGAUCAAGAAAGAGCGACUGUACAAAAAACGAACCGAAUCCCCAAUCGCAACCGGUUCCGGCACGUCGACAGGUAGCAUGAAGAAGGUGUCCAACCGGGGCGAAAAGUACACCCGGUGUCGAUCCGUCCCGAACGAGGAGUGCGUCCAGGAGGUGUUGAUCUCGUCCAAAGCCCUCAAACCUCCAAGUCCACGGUUGAUCGCACGCCGAAGACUUAAUCUCGACCAACAACGGAUUGAGUUGUCGCGGUCAGCUCCAACAACUCCCCAGGAGGAGAAUCGCAGUAUUCUGGUGCCACUCAGCCAGCGAGCGCUCAAACUCAAGAGGGCUAAAGAGGAGUUCCUGCGAACGCCUGUCGGUGAUCGAUCGGUACUACAGGAUGUGUCAUCACGAACGGAACCUGCGGAUCAGCAGGCUUGGAGUAAUCGAGUCAGUCAGAUCAGUGUCACUAGCACGGCAUCCUCAAGCGUGGUAGAGGGCGAAUUAACGCUGCUGAUGAAGAGUGCUAGCGCAGGUGUUAUUGGCGUGCGAUCACCAGUCGACCCCGAUGGAUCGCUAGUAUUGCGACGGGACGAAUCCGGAUCAUCGUGUGUCGAAGGCGAUGUGAUAGGAACAACCUCACGCCAUAGCCUCAGUACGACCAGUGCAACCGGGUUUGGUGGUGCAGGUGGUUCAAUUGCAGCUAGCAGCAGUGGAGGCCGUUUCGGUGGUCUUUCGAAUCUCGCGUCGAAGCUGCGCAAGGUGAAGCUACGGCGCAGUAGUAAGGAUCUCAGCAAGAUGCACGCCAUUUCGACGCUCUGCCGCCAGAGCCUGAUGGUGGAUAUUAGUGGCGAAGCGACGGCCAAGAUGGGCAGUGCGCAGAGUUUGGGUUCCGGCCGUCGUCGCCGAGGCGAACCGGGUGAUGGUGAUGGUCGUGACAGCGAAAGUGAACCGUUGAAGAAGUCCGGUAGCGUGCAGGCGAUCUGCAACCGGUUCCGGCGCAGUGGCGAACGCAACGAGGAGUUGAAGAAAAGCCGCAGUCUGGGCUUUCUCGAGCCGGAUCGGAAGGGUUCGGGUUGAAUGGGCGGGUAGGCUAGUGAACAUACUAGUUAUAGCUUAUCGCUUUAGCAAGAAACUACUGCCCUGUUGGGCAGACCGUAGUUGGGUGUACACUUAUCACAAGGCGCAGCUGUAGACAGCCACGUGGUGUAUGUAAAUUAUUUCCCGAUUAGCCCGCGUUGUUAGUAUCCUGGUAUCGGUUUUCGAUCGGCCCUGGACGGGCUGUGAAGAUGUCCAAGAGAUAUGUUCUGUUCCGCGCCCCGUAUGUUCUGAACUUGCUGUUUCUAUUGAUGUUCCGUCUCUUCCGUGGUUUUUUUUCGUUCUACUGUCCACGUUUCCGCUCGUCCGUAGGACGCGGCAUUGAUGUUUUUCUUCGAAUGAAAACGAAAUAAAUGAA